UCUAGAAUCGCCCUGCGAUUGUGAUUAAUGCGUCUGGAAGAACCAUACGUUGAUGCAGCCGCCUAACAACUGCCCAAGGUCGCGAGGUAUUGUAAGUAUCAGCCAGAUGUUACGCCACCCGCAGACACGGCGUACACUAAUGAUAGAUCUGCGCUCAGCCAACGUAACUUGAAGUCAUACUUCCUUCACAUUUGCCAUGGACGCUGUUGAAAAAGCCAACACAGCGAGACAAAAGCGAUGGGUGAAAGACCGGAAAGUCGGUGAAGGUACAUACGCUGUCGUGUACCAAGGCCGAGAGGCAUCAACAAGCCGCAAAGUCGCCAUCAAGAAGAUAAAAGUUGGUCAAUUCAAAGAUGGGCUCGACAUGUCUGCUAUUCGAGAGGUCAAAUAUCUACGAGAGCUUCACCACCAGAAUGUUAUCGAGCUUUUGGACGUCUUCUCUUCAAAAACGAAUCUUAACCUGGUGCUGGAAUUCUUGGAUAGCGACCUUGAGAUGAUAAUCCAGGACCGGUCGCUCGUCUUCCUUCCUGCCGAUAUCAAAGCAUGGAUGGCGAUGACCUUGCGCGGGCUGGAAUUUUGCCAUAGAAAUUUUAUGCUUCACCGAGAUCUGAAGCCCAACAACUUACUCAUUGCAUCGGAUGGACAACUCAAAAUAGCUGAUUUCGGUCUAGCAAGAGAUUUCGCAGACCCGGGGCAUAAAAUGACAUGUCAAGUCAUCACUCGAUGGUACCGACCACCAGAGCUGCUAUUUGGCUGUCGGUAUUAUAGCUCGGCGGUCGACAUAUGGUCCGUAGGCUGCAUAUUUGCAGAGCUCAUGUUGAGAACGCCGUACCUUCCCGGUGAGAGCGACAUGGAUCAACUCAAAACCAUCUUCCGGGCACUCGGAACCCCCACAGAAGAGGACUGGCCCGGCCACACCAAACUGCCAGAUUAUGUGCCGGUUGGACAAUUCCCAAGAACGCCCCUUCGCGACCUCUUCACUGCCGCUUCUGGAGAUACACUUAAUCUUCUUAGCAGGUUUCUCGUGUAUGAGCCUCGAAAGCGCAUAAGCGCAAGAGACGCUCUCAACCACGCAUACUUUUUCGCCCUGCCACAUCCGUCACAUCCCUCCAAGCUACCUAAACCUGCUUCUCAAACAUCCCGCCCUCUCGAAGAACUCGAUGUUAACGUUAACAUGGCCGGUGUAGGGUCAGGCGUCAAAGCCGCUGCACCCAACAAGCUCAAACGAAAAUUGACCUCUCCCGAUGGCACCGACCUGAGACCACUCGCUCGCAGAUUAGACUUCACUCAACAUGCGAAAAACUCGUGAUCACUGCGUUGACAACCAAUGACUAGUAAUGACUUGGACUCCCAGUAGAAACCGCGUAUGGUGUGAGACGACGAGAACGGACGUCAUCUGCUUUAUUUUCUUCGUUAGGAAAAUAUCGGAGCACAACAUAUGUCGUCGAGGCGCAUCACAUAUACUGCAUGCCGGGGCACGUUCUCCUCUGACGACAUAAGAUUUUUCUUCGACUUUCAGAUAAAUCUUAUCCCACCAUAUGAUGUAGUACAGUAGAACGAAUUGAUUCAUAUGACGUGCUA